AUGGUCUUGCGGUUAGAGUGUCCGCCUCUGGAGCGGGAGGACGUACAUGGGCUCCAAUGGGAUAGAGUCCCCGUGGAAUGGAAGGAGAUUAUGAACCGGAGAAGACAAAUGCUGCAUCAGAUGUGCAAGGAUCUUAAUGAAACCACAAAUACUGACACUCCCAUUAUCGUGUCCAAGCAUGAUAUUACAGAUAGAGUCAUUGUCGAUGACUUGCACCGUGUAAUUGUAUGCGCAAUUCCUAAGGCGGCAAGCAGAUCGUGGCGUAAGUUAAUGCUCCAACUAAACGGACAGCUGAAUACCUCUGUGGUAUACAAAGAUAUGCCUUAUACGGAAACGAAAAUAUACGAACGUCGACUUGACUCCUACACGGAUUUUGGUAUCCACACUCGAGUGAACAGUCAUAUUAAAAUAAUGACAGUCCGCCAUCCUCUAGUACGCUUGGUCUCGGCGUACAAAGAACAAUAUUUUUUAAUGCCAAGAGUAAGAAAAUAUAUAAGACGAAGAGAAGGAGAAACGCGUAAAAUUACUUUUACGGAUUUUCUAUAUUAUCUCGUUGGCCACCGAAAUAUCCACUGGGAUCCGUUUAACAAGUUGUGCUCGCCUUGUAAACUGCGAUACGAUUUCGUUGCAUACUUUGAGACUAUCGAAGACGACACCAAGAACAUUAUAGCUCUUCUAGGCGCAGACGACUUAAUCAAGCUCUCGCCCUCGCAUCGAUCAAGUAAAUUGUCGUCCGACGAUGAAGCUCGGAAGUACUAUGCAGGUAUUGAUAAACAACUUUUAAAGCGACUCAAGGAAUUGUAUUGGAUUGAAGAAAAGUAUUUUGGAUAUAAUAUGAGUUUAUUUGGAUAACAAAAGAAAAACAAUAGCAAUCAAUUUAUAUAAAAAAGACUGUCAAAGUAAAGUCUAACCAUCAAAAAAGAAAAAAAAGAAAAUACUUAUCAACUUUAAAAAGUAGCGGGGUUUGUGUUAAAUUAAAGAUUGGGAGACGCAUUCGCCUAAUUUUUAAACAGAUAUUAGAUAUUUUUUCUAAACCUUCUAGUAGGACGUCUAUACUUUGGUGUUUAAAUUAUUAGCUAUUACCUCUCUAAGACAAAAUAAUA